UCCCCACAAGAGGGACUUGUUUUGAAAGCUGAAGUCCUAGAACAGACAUGGACGCCACCGCGGAGCGUGUUCUACAGUACCUGACAGAGGUUGAAGAAGCUGCUGAAGAUGUCCUCUCAGAUAAACAACAGAUGGUAGACCUCGAUAAGAAAAGAAACGCGAACAGGGAGGCACUCAAUGCACUUCGAAAGGAUUUAUCCGGUAAUGGUAAAGCUAAAGUCUGUCUGGGCAACAUGUUCAUCACAUUUCCAAAAGACAAAACGAAACAGAUGCUUGAAAAAGACCAAGAACAACUUGACAAGGAGAUCAUUGAUCUCCGCAACAAACUCAAGAUCAAAGUGAAUCGUCUAAAUGAGUUGCAAGGGAAGCCUGAACUCACAGGGUACAACCUCUGCCCCCUCUCAAACGAGGAGAUGAAAGCCAUAAGCAGCCUCCUGAGGACAUGACCUCCCACACACACACACACACACACACAAACACACAAUCUCACUCACUCACUCACUCACUCACACACACACACACUCACUCACUCACUCACUCACACACGGCAGAUGGUAGACCACUCUGGGUGCCUCUCCCACAUGGACUCUGUUGUGGAGUCAGUCAGUCAUGGUACUUUUUCAUUUUGGCGACAAGUUUAAGUUGAGUUACAGACGUUUUGCACACAGUUUUUUGUUUCUUAUCUAUAUUUCUUAAGGCUGAUGGUUGGGAAAAAUGUGUGUUUAAUUUCUAGCAUGUGGUGAAGACCGUAGAAAGACCAAAAUCAAACCAUGUCCAUUCAAUUCAUAUGUGAAGUUUUAUUAAAGAGUUAUUUGUUUAUCUAUGCAA